AUGGGUAUUACUAGAGCAAGCCAGGUAGAAUCUGCCAGACGCAGUGCUUUAUUAGGAAGGUCUUCCGACGUUGAUGUCUCCUGGUCUUUGAAGGUUGUCGCGAAUCCUGAGGCAUUUACAUCGGCUCAGCAAUCUCGCUACGCUGACCAGCAGUGUAAACCCUUGCAACCUGAGGACAUACCGUUGAAUGUUAAUAUCCGGGCGCGUUGCAUCCGUUCAACCUCCGUGCAGUGCGAUGGUAUUAACAGGCACAAGUACAACUCCAUAGCUGCUUCACGCUGUGGAUCUGAUUCGGGACGCCGUUUGACAUCGGAUGAGCAAUCUGAUCGCUUUGUAGGGCAGGAAAACGACACGCGCGGGAGGGGAACCGGCCCCGUCACUAGAGGUAGUGGCAGCAUGUUCGGUGUAAGAGACCAAUACAAAAUGCGCGACUCCGAUAGUCUCCCAAGGCACCUGGAGGACAGUUCACCCACUCGCAGCCGAGAUGAGGGCUCUAGUUGGUUUGGUAGCGGCUUUGUGGACAUGGUUGUCCACAAUACGACACAGCUUGCCAAUAUGCUACAGUGGGGGGAGCGCGAAACCUACUAUUCGCUCUCCAAAGAUGAGGCUGAAACUAAUGAUUUGAGGAGUCGUAUGUCUCAUCACAUGAACGACAAGGCUGAUACGUCUUCAGGCAGCGGGGCGACUGAAGAGGACACGGGUUACACCCCCAAUGCCACCGUUGUGGACAUGACCAUGUACGAUCGUUUGGGCGUGGAGUGCACUGCCUCCAAGUCCAAGAUCAAGCAGGCGUACUACAAGCUUGCGCUUAAAUACCACCCCGACAAGAACCCCAACGAUGAGGAUGCAAAGCGUAAGUUUCAAGAGAUUGGAGAGGCGUAUCAAAUCCUUUUCGAUGACGCUACCCGUCAGCGCUACGAUAGUCAGGGCAGCGCGGGAGCCACCGACUUCCCAACUAUGGACGCAUCGCUUUUCUUCAUGCUGCUUUACGGUUCAGAAGCGCUUGUCGAUUAUAUCGGCACCCUGAAGAUUGCAAAUUUGGUCAAGUAUGCGACAUCCGAUGGUCCUCGUCCCAAGAACAUGGGCAGUGAAAUGGAGGUCGAACAAACCUACCGCGAGGUUUCGCUGGCGGUGAAAUUGGCGAAGAGGCUCGAUGAAGAAGUUAGGGGUGGUGAAAUCAGCGAGGCGUUGCGUGAAGAUCUGGCUAAGUUGUGCUCAGGUGCGUUCAGUGACACCUUGGUGGACUCUAUCGGUUGGGUAUAUGAGAACUGUGGAGAUUAUUUCGUUGCCGAUGCUACUACGCUUUGGGGAAUCGGGACAACAGUUGCCAACGUUCAGGCUGCCGGCCGCACGUUGGGAAACACAUGGAGCAUGGCAAAGUCCGUGGUGAAUGUGGCGUUGUUGGUGAAGGACCUGAAGAGUGACCAGGACCAAAACCAGAGGCUGGAUCAGCUUAAGAAUAUCGUAGAAAAUAUCCUCUCCAUAGUGCUAUAUGACGUCGAGAACACGGUGCGAUCUGCCGCUACAAAGUGCUGCAAGGAUUGCGAUGUCUCUGUAGAGCAGCGCCUGGAGCGAGCUCACGCAUUGGUGACCUUGGGGCGAUAUAUGCAGGAAACCGCGAAGCGGUACCGCAGUCAACUGCCCGAAACACAGGACGUCACCAAGCGGUUGUUAGAAGCGUUCGAAAAGGCGACGGUCAAAAAGGAUGAGGCGUGA